AGAACCAGUGACGCUGUGGCCUGUUGGUAGUUGAUACCGCGACACUCCGCGGUUCACGUUUGAUUCGUACUUCGGAUUAUAAUCAUUUGAAGAGAACCUAAGAAAAUGUCUACAUUAUCUCAUGGGAAGAAGCGAGUCUGCUACUAUUAUGAUAGCGAUAUAGGAAAUUAUUAUUAUGGUCAAGGCCAUCCUAUGAAACCACAUCGUAUAAGGAUGACGCAUAAUCUACUACUUAAUUAUGGUCUUUACAGAAAAAUGGAAAUAUAUAGACCACAUAAAGCUACAGCUGAUGAAAUGACAAAAUUUCAUAGCGACGAGUAUAUAAGAUUUUUGAGAUCAAUCAGGCCAGAUAAUAUGUCAGAAUAUAACAAACAAAUGCAGAGAUUUAAUGUGGGCGAAGAUUGCCCUGUUUUUGAUGGCUUGUAUGAAUUCUGCCAAUUGUCAGCUGGUGGUUCUGUAGCAGCUGCAGUUAAACUCAAUAAACAAGCAUCAGAAAUCUGCAUUAAUUGGGGUGGUGGUUUACAUCAUGCUAAGAAGAGCGAAGCAUCAGGCUUCUGUUAUGUGAAUGAUAUUGUACUUGGAAUUUUGGAAUUACUUAAAUAUCAUCAAAGAGUUUUAUAUAUUGAUAUUGAUGUUCAUCAUGGUGAUGGUGUUGAGGAAGCAUUUUACACAACAGAUAGAGUAAUGACUGUCUCCUUUCACAAAUAUGGUGAAUAUUUUCCUGGUACAGGAGAUCUCAGAGAUAUUGGUGCUGGAAAGGGCAAAUAUUAUGCUGUCAACAUACCUUUACGAGAUGGCAUGGAUGAUGAAAGUUAUGAAUCUAUUUUUGUACCUAUAAUUUCAAAAGUCAUGGAAACUUUUCAACCAUCAGCAGUUGUUUUACAAUGUGGAGCAGAUUCCUUGACAGGUGACCGACUUGGCUGUUUUAAUUUAACUGUAAGGGGACAUGGUAAAUGUGUAGAAUUCGUAAAAAAAUAUAAUCUACCAUUUUUAAUGGUUGGAGGAGGUGGCUAUACGAUUAGAAAUGUAUCUAGAUGUUGGACAUAUGAAACAUCUGUCGCUCUAGGAUCAGAAAUUGCUAAUGAACUUCCAUAUAAUGAUUAUUUUGAAUACUUUGGUCCUGAUUUCAAGUUACAUAUAAGUCCAUCAAAUAUGGCUAAUCAAAAUACACCUGAGUAUUUGGAAAAGAUAAAAACAAGAUUAUUUGAAAACUUAAGAAUGUUACCUCAUGCGCCGGGCGUUCAAGUGCAAGCAAUUCCAGAGGAUGGUGCUGUUAUCGAAGAUUCAGAAGCAGAAGAGAAAAUAAAUCCAGAUGAAAGAUUAUCACAAAGGGAUUUGGAUAAAAGGAUACAACAUGAGAAUGAAUAUAGUGAUAGCGAAGAGGAGGGAGAUGGUGGUAGAAGAGACAAUAGAUCGUUCAAAACUUCCAGAAAGCGACCAAGGCUAGAAAAGGGUCAGGAAGGUAUGGAAAGUGAUAUAAAAAAGGAAGAAGACAUAAAAUCUGAAGCAAAAGAGAAUGAUAAGGACGAAAAAAUGAAUGCCACGAAUGAAGAGACGAAAAAAGAUAGUGGUGCGAAUCCCUGAUAAAUAAUAGCACCUACUCGUCGGAAAUAUUGCAGAGGUCUUUAUUUAAAUCAAGUCUAAAUAAGCUUAGGUAACUUAAGUGCAAAGAGCACGUGGUGUACAGAUAUUCGUUACCUUAAGAUCAUCCCAUAAUCCAAAGUCACUUAUUUUCUUCGUAUUUUAUAUAAUAGAAAGAGAGGCGUACUUUAAUAUGAUUGAUUAUUUGAUUAUAUCCGUUUGUGAAGUAUAAUAACGAUAUUGAGAUAUAUACGUACAAGCGUAAUAUCA